AUGUCUGCCACCGCAGCCCUGGCUGCCGUGUGUGUGCACAACAUAGAGUCGUCCUCAGUGUGACCUCAGUGACCCCCAGAGAGGCUCUGCCCCCCCCCCCCCCCCCCCCCCACCCCCCCCCCACCCACACACCCCUAGGUCAUAUCUGAAAUGGCACCCUUUUCCCUAUAUAGUGCACUACUACACACCAGAAAGGAGUGUGAUUGGUUUCGCCUGUUCCGUUCCCUACACCCUACCCUCUGACCCUCUCCCUUCCCCUACACAGUCUGUUUAGCUGAGUGUUGUUUGUUCAGCUAUUCCUUCUUUACUCCAAGCACACCUGGUCCUCCUAGUAUGUUCCCCCUAUACAGACCAACAUACUGUAGGUGUGGUUCACAUAUAGGGGUGUGGCUGCUCCUCUGCCCCCUAAAUUCCAACACACAGGCUAGGUUCCAAUGUCCAUGCUAGCAUACCACUAAGAAUGCAUGGCCCAAUCAGUACACAGUGGUAUGCUAGUGUGUAUUUUGGGACAGUCACAGAGCCUCAGCCUCCUUUUUCCUUCUCCUACACACACUUCAAUGGAUGUGUGACUUACUGCUCGUUUAGUUAUCAGGUACUGUACCCCUUUACUUUUCCCCUAUGCUUCCUGAAGCAGCGUGUGCAGUCUAAUGGAGGAGCAUUGCUGUACCCUAACUCACAACCUCGCACGCAUACACACACACACAUGUGCACGCAUGCACACACACGUACACACACACACACACACACACACACCACCCUAACACACAGCAUAUGGAUGGGCAUGAACCCAGAGGUCUGCUGAGUCUACUGCUAUUGGUUGGUCUCCAACUCUCUGUGGGAACAGUGUUUACUGUGCUCUACAUGGAUCUCUGCUGCUCUCGACUCAGACCGUAUGGACAGCACCCACCCUGCAAUAAAGAUAGAUAAUGACCAAUAAUGCUGCAACAAUCAGACAUGAUAACAGCACAGCACAACCUCCUUUGAAAGUGCAAGCUGUUAAAUGCAACCGUUAAACAAUGAACACUUGACAUGAUCGUCAAACUAUUAUCGAACAAUCAUGGUUCUACAAGUUCUUCGCUUUCUUACUGGAAUAGGGUGCCAUUUCGGUUGCACGAUCGGUUUCUCCCAGCAACACACCGAUUCAGUCGUUCACUGGAUGGCUUUGUUUAAAUGGCUCUUUUAGUGUUCCUGCUGUCGAAGCCUUGAGAGAUAUUCCUAAAGAUUAGAUUACUGAUAUACAAUACUGUAAAUAGAUAGCCAUUUACAGUACACAUUACUCACCCUAGAAAUUGUUACAGAAGAUGGAAAGCAAUAAGCCGUAUAGUCGAUUAUGAACAGCAUAUAAAACAGUUGGUUUUUCUAUUACCUCUUCAACCCAUACUUUCUCAUGAUGCCAUACUCAAAUCAAAUCAAAUCAAAUCAAAUUGUAUUGGCCACAUGCGCCGAAUACAACAGGUGCAGACAUUACAGUGAAAUGCUUACUUACAGCCCUUAACCAACAGUGCAUUUAUUUUUAACAAAAAAGUAAAAAUAAAACAACAACAAAAAAAGUGUUGAGAAAAAAAGAGCAGAAGUAAAAUAAAAUAACAGUAGGGAGGCUAUAUAUACAGGGGGGUACCGGUGCAGAGUCAAUGUGCGGGGGCACCGGCUAGUUGAGGUAGUUGAAGUAAUAUUUACAUGUGGGUAGAUUUAUGUGCAUGUUUUCUAUGUGUCUUUCAUGCCAUAGCAAGGUAAGGCCUCAGUUUCUUCGGCUAUAACUUCUCCAGAGGUUGAAUAGAUUACAGUGUGUGUUUGUGAGUUUCUCUGUGUGGGUUCUUCCUAAUGCACAUCUCCUUUCCACAGGGCUGUCAAAAUGUCCCCCCCACCCCCCCACCCCCUCUCUAUAAAAUGUAUUUUUGUGUGUGAGUUUGUGUGAGUUUGCUGUGAUCCGACCAGAUUGAGACUCCUUGUGUUUGCAUGUGUGUGUGUGUGUGUUUGACCCCCACAGCACCUGCAGCUGACCAUCCAGGCCCUGCAGGAUGAGCUGCAGACCCAGAGGGACCUGAACCACCUGCUGCAGGAGAGUGGCGGCCGCUCUGGGGAACACUACACCAACAUCGAGCUGACCGAGGAGAACUUUAGACGACUGCAGGCUGAGCACGACCGCCAGGCAAGGAAUCUUAAUAAAUUAUUCAUAAUAAAUUAG